ACGACGGCCAUGUUGCAGCUCGCCACGAACUGUCGUCGACAACGCGACGCGUUGUUUUAAUAACCUAUGUUUGAGUCGCGAAAAAUCGGAAUGUCGUUCGGUAGCGGCUUCGGAACGUCCACGUCGACGCCUGCACCCACGUUCGCCUUCGGCACCACGCCAGCUUCCACAGCGACGCCGGUUAAACCUGUGGCAGGAUUUGGAACACCAUCAUUCGGAUUUAGUACACCGACUACUUCGACGCCAAGCUUAUUUGGUACCCCAUCAACUCAGACUACUGGAUUUGGUACUGGAACUGGAUUUGGUACUCCAGCGGCUACAGGAUUUGGUGGCACAUCAACCACAGGUUUUGGAUCUGCUCCUACAUUUGGUACCACAUCAACCAGUGCCUUUGGUUCAGCGCCAGCUUUUGGGAGUACUCCCGCUUCUUCCGCAACCACUGGAUUUGGUACAACUUCGACCUUUGGCAGUGCCCCAGCCUCUACGACUGGUUUCGGUGGAUUUGGAACAGCGACGACAACGUCGUCAUUGAGUUUUGGAAGUUUCGGAGGAUUUGGGACAACUACUACUACAUCUGCCCCUAGCUUGUUUGGUGGAUUCGGUAGUACAAGUAUUCCUUCAACCGGUUUCGGCACAUCCACUGGUUUUGGUGCAUUUGGAAGCAAGCCAGCCACCACUAGUGGUACGACUGGAUUUGGCGGAUUUGGGACAGGAUUCACUGGAUUUGGUACUGGACUGACACAGCCUCAGCAGCAACAACAGCAACAACAAAACCAACAACAACAACAACCUGCAAAUAAUAUAUCAGAAGCUCUCUAUAAUGCUGUGUUUAAUUGUCAAUUGUACAAUGAUGAGCGAGAUAAUACUAUUGCCAGGUGGAAUCUUAUUCAAGCAUUAUGGGGUACAGGAAAGGCUUAUUAUUCUGUAAAUGCUCCACCUAUAGAUCUCACUCAAGAAAAUUCGUUAUGCAGAUUCAAAGCUAUCGGAUAUAGUCGUAUACCCGAUGCUGACAACAACGAUGGUUUAGUGGUGUUGUGCUUCAAUAAGAAAGAAAAAGAUGUACAAGAUGGCAAACAACAAUUAAUUGUAUUUCUGAGUGGUUUGCUGGGGAAUAAGCCCAAUCUAACAGUAACUAUUGACAAUAUUAAAUCCACGGGAGAAAAUAAAAGUCAAGUGACAAUAUAUGUGUCAGAAAAAGGAAUAACUGGCUCUUACAGAAAAAUUCCUGCCAAUGAAUUAGUUGCAUAUUUGUCGCAGAUGAUGCAAAAGCAACAAUUGCUACAAAAUGGGGUUGAAGAUAUAUUUCCACUGAUGAAACUCGAUCCGUCGCAGCUAAAAGAAUAUCUAGAUAAUCCACCUUGCGCUAUCGAUGCCAGAUUAUGGAAGCAAGCGCAAUUGGACAAUCCCAAUCCAGAAUUGUAUAUUCCGGUUCCUAUGAUUGGUUUUCAGCAAGUUAAACAUAGAUUGAAAUGCCAAGAAGAGGAGACUGCUAGACACAGAGCGUUUUUAGAUAUGGCAGCGGAAAAAAUACAAGGCUUGCAGAGACAGCAUACAGCUACGCAGGCCCGCCUCAAGGAACAUAGACGAACAUUAUUAGAACUUCAACAUCGAGUUCUGCAGGUGCUAGUUCGACAAGAGAUUACGCGCAAAGUUGGAUUAUCCUUACAACCAGAAGAAGAAGUUUUAACACGAAGAUUUGAAGCAAUGCAUUCGCAAAUCAGCGCUCCGACACAAUAUAAAGGUAGAAUUAGCGAGAUGCUUUCUCAACUUAGAAUGAGGCGGCAUAUCGAUAUUCAAAAUCAGGAAAGAUAUACAAUGGAUCCAAUAGCACAGGAUGAUAUUAAAGCGUACCUGAGUAUGGAACAACAGGGCAUGGCGCAACUUAUUGCAACAAUAAAUACCGAUUUAGAAAGCUUAAAAAUUAUCAAAGACGGAAUGUCAGAUCUUUUAAUGAGCCAAAGUAUAUCCUGAGGAUUGUAAUGUAUAAUAAAAUUUUU